AUGGCCUCAGUAGUGUCUGCGCCUGCUAAGAUGCCUCGAAGGCAGCUGCGAAGUCGCCAGGCAAGCGCAGCAGUCAUGGUGCCUCCAACGACUAAAGUACAACAAAUAUCUGACGUACCUUCACCUAUAGACCACGAACGCGACAUCUACGCAAUCAAAUCCAGCCCACAGCAAACUAAUGUGGCUCCCGAGGUAGCAGGCGAGCCCGAUUGCUCGCCAGAAGCCGGCCGGUUGCGGAAGAGGAAGGAAUCGCCCUGCGAGGCUGACGGUGACGCUGAAGGUGAAGGCGUCGCAAUUGCUAUGGCCGCCGGCUCAAGGCGGAAUCCUAAGCGCAAAGCUACCGAGACGGCUGCCGCCUCAACAUCUGCUGCCGCUUCUAGCGGGUCGAAAGACUACCAGACGCUUCUCCGUGAAUCCCUGGCGCCCUUGGGUGAGGAUGAGCUCAAGGAGUGGGAGGGUUGGUGUGAGGUGGAGUCUGAACCUGCCUUCUUCAAUGCUAUGUUACGAGAGAUGGGCGUCAAGGAUGUCAAGGUCCAAGAGGUCUUCGCGGUUGACGAAGAUUACGUAGCGACUCUUCCGCAACCCGUUUAUGGUCUCAUCUUUCUCUACCAAUACUUCUCUGAGAACUACGAGGACGAUGCAGUCGUCGACAGUCGCGACGUUUGGUUUGCAAAUCAGACGACAGACAACGCCUGUGCAACCGUCGCCAUGACCAACAUCAUCAUGAACAGCCCAGAAGUCGAUCUAGGCAAGGACCUCCAGGCCUUCAAGGACUCCACAAAAACACUCAGCACCCCGCUCCGCGGCCACGCACUGGGCUCAAACCCCUUUAUCCGCUCCGUCCACAACUCCUUCACCCGGAGAAUGGACCACCUGAACGCCGACUUCGUCCUUGAGAUCGAGGCGUCAGAGUCCAAGAAGAAGACGAAGCGGAGAGGGCCGGCAAAGAAGACGAAGAAGAGCAAGAAGCAAAAGAUUGACGAGGAGUCGGGAUUCCACUUCAUCGCCUACGUACCGGCUAACGGCUCGGUCUGGGAGCUAGAUGGUCUCAAGACGAGGCCCGUCUGCAUCGGACCUCUCGAGGAGGGCGUCCACUGGGCUGAACUGGUCCAGCCCGAGAUCCAGGCGCGCAUGCUCCAGUUUGAGGACACCGCCCUCACCUUCAACCUCCUUGCACUCUGCAAAAGUCCAUUGGGGAUCUUGUCGGGAGAGCUCGCGAGCACGCUCCGCUCAUUCGAGCUUCUGAAUAAGCGUACCAAGAGCGUUGACGGCUGGCAAAACCUCAUCGCCGGCAAUGACCAGCCUCUUCUGAGCACCGACAUUGAGCGUCUCGCCGGCUUCGGCAUAUCAGGAUCGGAUGUACAACAGGCCCACGUGGACCCAGCAUUCGAGAGAAAGGUCAAGAAGCCAUCCACAGAUAUGGGGGAGCUCUUCAAUCUCUACGAUGAUCUUGUGACAAAGCAGAAGUCUCUCAUGGGCGAGUACAAUGCCGAGAUCGGUUCCGUGAAUGAGGACGAUGACCGUGUGCAGGGGCGGAAGAAGGACCACACUCCUGCAAUCCAUUCCUGGGUGCAGAAGCUGGCGGAGCAUGGCGUGCUCGCGGAUUGGGCAGCCAAUUCUUAG